AUGCGCCCCCCGGCUCUGCCCGCGGGGUGCCGGGGGGGUGCCGUGCCCGUGCCCGUGCCCGUGCCCGGAGCCGCCGGCUGCGCAUCCGCGUGGCCCCCCCAAAACUCCAGCGUUGGCGAGGGGAGAGCCUGGCAGGGCUCGUUGGAGAGCAGCCCCCCGAAAUGGGACCUGGCGAGUGGAGACCCCCCGGGGGCACCCAGCAACAGCACCAGCGCCGGGGGGGCCGCGGCAGGACCCCAACUAGAGCCCCCCGGGGGGGGCGCGGCCACCACGGAGCCUUCGGCCGUGCCCGAGGGGUGCCCGGGGUGCGCCGGGGAGGGCGAGGCCAGCGCCGUGCCCCCCCGAGCCGUCACCUGGCCCGGGGACGGGGGCACGGUGCCGGUGGCCCUGGGCAGCCCCGAGGAGCCGGGGAGCGGUGACCGACCCACGCCGGCCUCCCCGCCCGGCCCGGGGGGCUUCGGGGGGCUCCCGGCCGCCCUGCCGAGCCCCCCCGGGCCCCAGCUCGCCACCGACUCUGCCGAAUCCGACCUGCUGCUGGCGGCCGGGGGCUCGGCCGCGCCGCGGACCCCCGUGCUGGGCGAGCCCGGCGCCGUGCCCGCCGCCGGGGGGGACUCGGGGGGUCCCCCGGAGCUCUGGGCCGCCGCCUCCAGCCCGGCCCCGGCGCAGGGGGCCCGCGGCUGGACCGACCUGACGUGGCUGCAGGAGCCCGUCACCGCCGCCACGGGCCCGCCCGAGCCCCCGGCCGAGCGCACGGGCUCGGAGAUCAUCGACGUCGACUACUACGACCUGUUCGAGGGGGGCGAGGGACUGGGGGGCUUCCCCGGGGGCGGCCGGGGCGCGGCGGGCUCGGCGCGGCGCCGGGAGCCCGAGGGGGCGGCCACGCCCUGGGCGCUGCACGAGCUCUACGACGACUUCACGCCCUUCGACGACGCCGAUUUCUACCCCACCACCUCCUUCUACGCCGACGGGGACGACGAGGACGAGCUGGAGGACGAGGAGCCGGGGCUGGCCGGGGGCAGCCCCACGGCCUGGCCGCGGCCCGGGGAGCGGGGCCCGCCCGAGAACGGCUCCGAGUGCCGGAGCGGCUACGUGCGGCACAACAGCUCCUGCCGCUCCCUCUGCGACCUCGUCCCCAGCUACUGCCACAACGGCGGCCAGUGCUACCUGGUGGAGAGCCACGGGGCCUUCUGCCGGUGCAACACGCAGGACUACACGUGGCACAAGGGCACCCGCUGCGAGUCCAUCGUCACCGACUUCCAGGUGAUGUGCGUGGCCGUGGGCUCGGCCGCGCUCGUGGUGCUGCUGCUCUUCAUGCUCACCGUGUUCUUCGCCAAGAAGCUCUACCUGCUCAAGACGGAGAACAGCAAACUGCGCAAGACCAAAUACCGCACCCCGUCCGAGCUGCACAACGACAACUUCUCCCUCUCCACCAUCGCCGAGGGCUCCCACCCAAACGACGAUCCCAGCGCUCCCCACAAGCUGCAGGACUCGCUGAAAUCCUGCCUGAAGGACGAGGAGCCGUUCAACAUCCACAACUCGACGUCGCCCAAGCACGAAGGCGGCAAAGGGGAGCAGGACGCGGGGGAGCUGAACUGCCUCCAGAACAACCUGACGUGAGCGGCGGGGCCGGGCGGCGGGGCCCGAGCCAGGCUCCCCCCGCGCCGCCGCCUCUGCUCCCGCCCCGCGUCCCUCCCGCUCCGUGGCAUGCUUUGGUGUGUUUUGUACCGAGGAAAACAAAAAAAAUUUCCGGUAAUAAUUCGGCCGUGUCGUGGGGGGUGUUUGGUUCGUGCUCCGUGUUUCUCGCUUGGGUUCGUUCCGCGCUGUGAUUUCUAAACCUUCGCCGUUCCGCAACUGACUUUUUUUGUACUUUUGCCCCACUUUUUUUGAAAUACAGGUAAAAACAACAAAAAAGGAG